ACAGCUUAAUUGGAACAUUAACCAGGCGUGACCAAACUGCGAACACAUUUAAAAGUGACCUCGGUUGAAAGACAUAUUGUUAUAGCCAACAUAAUAACAUGCAAGACAACUCAGUGCGGCAGUGCCGCAGGUAUUCACAUAUCACGCUGUACUUACUGAGCAUAUAUCAUUCUGAGCCACUUAAAAGUUUGACAAAAGUCAUAAGUGUACCACUUAGAAACCGAUAUGCGCAAUAUGCGCAGUUUCAUUGCUGUUUUGGUGGCCAAAAAUUCAGAUUAUGCAUUCAAAGAAUGAAAUACUUCCGCCUACAUCACCCACCCACUCGCAUUAUAUUAGUACAACAGAUUGCUAUUUCUGCACCCCCACCAAUUUUGGUCGGAAACAGUGUUACAAUAUUCCAACCAAUCGUAGAGGAUUAUAUAUAGUUAGGCUGGGUCUCCCUUCGCGAUACCAGGUCACUGGGUCAGUCGCUGCUGCUGGGCUGACGGCUUUAUUUCAGACUUCUUCGGAUAACUUUGAUACUUCGUGUCUCAAAAUGGCGGCGUCCUUCCACGAAGGAGCGAUGUAUGGCAAGGAAGAUUUCGUCCUUCUCGAUGAAAUCUCAUUGGAAGCGUUUAUGGCCAACUUAGAACUGCGUUACAAGAAGGAAAGAAUAUAUACUUAUAUCGGUGAAGUGUUGGUGUCAAUGAAUCCGUAUAAAACAUUGAACAUUUAUGACAAGGAUAAAAUCGCCGAUUACUCUGGCAGGGAACUUUAUGAGAGACCGCCGCAUAUAUUUGCCAUUGCCGAUGCAGCAUACAUCAGUAUGAAACGAAAGAGCAGAGAUACGUGCAUCGUGAUUUCGGGGGAAAGUGGUUCAGGUAAAACCGAGGCUUCAAAGAUCAUUAUGAGAUACAUCACAGCUGUUACCAAUGUCUCCAAACAACAAGAAGUUGAAAGGGUGACCAAUUUAUUGCUCCAAUCAAACCCUCUGUUGGAGGCUUUUGGUAAUGCGAAGACGAAUCGAAAUGACAACUCUAGUAGAUUCGGCAAAUACAUGGAUAUUAAUUUUGAUUUCAAAGGCGACCCUGUAGGGGGGCAUAUAAAUAAUUAUUUACUAGAAAAGUCGAGAGUAAUAAAGCAACAGCAAGGAGAAAGAAAUUUCCACUCAUUUUAUCAGUUAAUAUACGGAGCUCCUGAAGAGUUGUUAAGAUCAUAUGGUCUAGUACGGGACGCCACGCAGUAUCAUUACAUUAAUCAAGGCGAGAGUCACUCAGUCAAAACAAUCGACGACAAGAAAGAUUACGAAGUAGUGAAUAAAGCUAUGAAAAUGAUUGGUUUCACCGACAGAGAACGAGAAACUGUAUGGAAAGUGGUGGCCGCCAUUAUUCACCUGGGUAAUCUAGACUUCGUACUUGAGGAAGACCAAGCUGUUAUCGAAGAUCGUGAUUUGUUAUCUACUUUGGCAACUUUGUUAAAUUCCACAAUCGAGGAGAUUGAGAAAGCGUUAUUAUAUCGCAUUGUGGCCGCACGGGGGGAGGUCAUGGAGAAAGGACAUUCUUUGGAUGAUGCUUAUUAUGGUCGCGACGCAUUAUGUAAGGCAAUGUACGACAGAUUAUUUUCGUGGAUUGUUGUGAAAAUCAACAAUGCCGUGGAAGUGAAGGACAUUCGACACGGUAAAUGUACCGUGAUCGGUGUUCUUGAUAUCUAUGGUUUUGAAAUAUUUGACGUGAAUGGAUUCGAACAGUUCUGCAUCAAUUAUUGUAACGAGAAAUUACAACAAUUAUUUAUUGAAUUGGUACUGAAGCAGGAACAAGAAGAAUACAGACGAGAAGGAAUUGAGUGGGUCGAUGUACAAUACUUCAACAAUAAAAUCAUAUGUGACUUGGUUGAACUGAAUCAUAAAGGCAUCAUAUCAAUCAUGGAUGAAGCGAUCAUCAGUGCUGGAAAAGUCACCGACGAGAUGAUUUUACACACGAUGGACCAGAAACUUAAAGAUCACAAACAUUACUCAAGUCGGCAGAUUGAACCCUCCAAUAAAAGUCUUACACACAAUCAGGAUUUUAAGAUUCAGCAUUAUGCCGGGGAUGUGGUGUAUAAAGUUGACGGGUUUUUGGACAAGAACAAGGACACACUAUUUCAAGAUUUUAAAAGAUUAUUGUUUAAUUGCAACCAUUCAGCUCUUAAAGAAAUGUGGCCUGAAGGCAAAGAAGCAGUCACAAAGGUGACGAAGCGUCCUCCUACUGUUGCUACACUCUUCAAAAAUUCCAUGAUUUCUCUUGUGGAAAUUCUAAUGAUAAAGGAGCCGCACUAUGUUCGUUGUAUCAAACCUAAUGAUAUCAAGUCAGCAUCCUUGUUCGAUGAGAAUCGGGUGAAACAUCAAGUGAGUUAUUUGGGUCUACUGGAAAACGUACGAGUUCGUAGAGCUGGUUUUGCCUAUCGACAGUUGUAUUCCAAGUUUCUAACAAGAUACAAAAUGAUCUGCCCACGGACUUGGCCUAACUUCAAUGGCAACGACAAAAGCGGAGUUGAGGUAUUGCUCAAGGACGUAAAUUUGGAACAGGAUUGCGAAUAUGGAAAAACGAAGAUUUUCAUCCGCACGCCCCAGAGUAUCACUACGUUGGAGGAAAUGAGAAGUGAAAAAAUUCCUGGAAUUGUUCUUCUUUUGCAAAGGAACAUUCGUGGUGGACUUGCCAGGCUGUUCGUACGAAAGUUACGCGCCAAGAAUACGAUCAUAGCUUGCUAUCGUCAUUGGAAAAUGAAAGUCUAUUUAAAUAAAAUCGUCGAAGCAUUUAAAAAUGUUCGGUCGAAGCCUGAUCUUGGAAAGAGCGUACCCUGGCCAACUCCACCAAAGGCGAUCGAAACAUUCAUCAAUCAACUGAAGAAUGUGCACGGAAGAUGGCGAGCUUGGAUGGUCAUAUCCAAGAUUCCCGAAGCUGAAAGAGAGGAAGUUCACUUGAAAGCCUCGGCAGCUGAAGCGCUUGAUGGUCGGCGCAAGGAAUGGGGAUGUAAGCGACGUUGGAAGGGUGAUUAUCUGUCCCAAGACAGUGAAAACAGAACUGCUACCAAAUAUCGAUUUAUGAUCGAAACGUUUAGGGUGAAAUAUCAGUUCAAGGAAAUCUUGUUUUCAUCACAGGCCAAAAAGGUGAACUUGCACAACCAAGUAUCAGACAGGAUCAUUCUGUUCACGGAUACCUGCAUCUUAAAGCUUAAUCCAAAAUAUAAAGUGCUGAAACAGUUGAGCUAUCAAGAGGCGACCGGAAUUGCGCUGACAAGUGGCGUUGAUCAGUUAUUGGUGCUCAAAUUUCCUGGAAACGAUCUCGUUGUUUGCUUCCAUAAUCCAGGAAACGAAGAUCGUGUCACCGAGGCCUUGGGUGUGGCAUUUCAGAGAAUGAGAAAAGCAAAGCGCGAGACACCGGACGUGAAAGUUGAAGAUGAACUUGUUUGUGUUCUCGGUUCGAGAGAAAAGACAAUUUUCGUUCGACCUGCUGCGAACCAGAAAGUUCCAAAUUUCAAGAAAAACGGCAGUCGUGACCUGUUACUGCUGGCGGUUCAAUAAUCGCAGAAACAUUAAUAACAAAUUAAUAACACAAUAUGCUGUUUAAUUACUUUGCAGCGUGGCAUUGAAUGAUUUAACGUAAUCAUCAUGACCCAUAAGAGAAAUGUUUAUUUUUGUAUAGGAGUUUUGGGUAUAUAUAAUUUUUACAAUAUAUAUGAGAAUUUUUACAAUAUAUAUUAUAUAUUAUGAGAAUUUUAGAUUCGCUGGAAAAUUUGAAGAAAAACGUGAAAGGAUUAGGCAUAAAUCUCUAAGGCAUGCAUAUGUCUGGAGUACUUACUGUAUUUGUACUGUGAUUAUAGCCAGAAGCAAAUUUAGUUUGGGUAUUGUGGAUGGCUUACGACUACACGAUAUUUCACGAUAUAUUUCCAACACACUAUAUAUAAUGUGUAGCAACACAUUAUCAUCCUCGCUUUCAUUUAUUUAGUUAUUUAUUUGCCCAGCGCUAGCAUUAUGGUGGUGUGAAAAAAUCUUAUAAUUAUAGUCCUUCUAUGAAACGAUAAUUUUGCCUUUUAUGUUGAGGAUAAACAAGUGUAAUUAAUGCAUUACUGUCCUUAUUCGUUCUAUAGAAAUUUUUCAAAAUAAACUAUACACUUAAAUUGUCUUUUUAGGUUUCCUCUCCGUGGAGGCUGCAUGCAUGCCCCUAGGCAACUAGAACUUAAGCCGCGUUUAC